AGAGAGAGAGAGAGAGAGAGAGCAGAGGAGGGGUGAUAUCAGGAGAUGAAUGAACAGAGAGGAGUGUGAGCUGAGGACACAGACACACACACACACUGUGCCUCCUCUCCGUGCUCUACACUUGCUCAGCUUCGUCUCCUCCAGAGCUCUGUGUAGGCCCAGCCUGACAACAAUGAAUCCGCAGCACCAGCUUAGCAGGAUCAUGCGGCCGGACGAUGCCAAUAUCGUGGGCAAUGUCCACGGUGGCACCAUCCUGAAGAUGAUUGAGGAGGCCGGCUGCAUUAUCGGGACACGCCACUGCAACACGCAGUCUGGGGACCGGUGCGUGGCGGCACUGGCGCGGGUGGAGCGCACUGACUUCCUCCACCCGAUGUUCAUCGGGGAGGUGGCCCACGUGAGCGCCGAGAUCACCUAUACGUCCAAACACUCCGUGGAGGUCCAGGUCAACGUUCUGUCUGAGAACAUCCUCACAGGUGCCAAAAAAGUAACCAACAAGGCCACUCUUUGGUACGUCCCCUUCUCCAUUAAAGACGUCGAAAAAAUCGUAGAAGUUCCUGCCAUUGAUUACCCCAGCCCUGAGCUGCAAGAGGAAGGAAGGAAGCGUUAUGAAGCUCAGAAGAUGGAGAGGUUGGAGACGAAGGAGCGGAAUGGAGAGGUCAUCAAUCAGGUGUCUGUCCCAGAGCGACACAUGAAAGAACCCUACACUGUGGGCUAUAGCCAGUCCAGCCUGAUCCACCUGGUGGGGCCAUCUGACUGCACCCUACUGGGCUUUGUGCACGGAGGUGUGACCAUGAAGCUGAUGGACGAGGUGGCAGGGAUCGUGGCCCACCGCCACUGCAAGACCAACAUUGUCACAGCCUCUGUGGACGCCAUCAACUUCCACCGCAAGAUCAACAAAGGCUGUGUGAUUACAGUGUCGGGCCGGAUGACCUUCACCAGUAACAAAUCCAUGGAGAUCGAGGUGUUUGUGGACGCCGAUCCGCUGGUGGAGGCGGAGGAGGGAAAGUUCCGCGCCGUCACUGCCUUCUUCACCUACAUCUCCCUGGACAAGGAGAACCGCCCGCUCCCAGUGCCUCCGCUCAACCUGGAAGGGGAAGAGGAACAGAAGCGUUUUGAGGAGGGCAAAAUGCGCUACCUUCAGAACAAGGCAAAGAGACUUGCAGAUAAGGAGCGUCACCAAUGACAUAUCGCUCAUGACAGGCCUCAUAGCUUAUUAUAGAGAAGUAUUACAUCAUGCCGCCCAGCAAAGCGUUAGGAACCUCUCCUUGUUCUCUCACUCCUGUAGCUCCACAAACUGAAAAGGGAAAACAUAUAUGUAUGCACACAUAUAUAUCUAUAUGCCAUAUGAAUUCUCUCUCUCUCUCUCUCUCUCUCUCUUUCUUUCCUUCCCUUUCUCUCUACUUUUAAAUGUUUCAGUGCUACAUACCAAAGUACUCAGUGUAUGUAAAUGAAACAUAUUAUUGCUAUUUUAUUGUUUUAUCUUCAGAUGUUUUUUUAUUAUUAUUUAAAAAUGAUGUAAGAAAUAAACAUGUCCUAUGUCCCAGAAGUCCUCAAAGGUCCUCUGUACGAAUAAUAAAAAAAAAAAAGCA